UCUACAAAUACCCCGUCCUGCAGCACACACUCACUCAUUAGGAACACCGAUCAACACCUGGAAGGGCCGGGACAAAGCAGAAGAAGAAGCUCCACAGACACCUCGCCUUGAAAUUCAACUUCCACAAACAGAAUGGGCUCUGCGGGGGUUCACAUCGUGUGCGUGGCUCUGGGGGUCCUCGGCCUCGUCGGGGUCAUCGUGUGCUGCGCCGUGCCUCGAUGGAGGGUGUCGUCCUUCACCGGGUCGAACAUCGUGACGGCACAGAGCCGUGUGGAGGGCCUGUGGACGAACUGCGUGGUGCAGAGCACCGGCCAGCAGCAGUGUAAGAACUACGACUCGCUGCUGGUGCUGCCCUCCGACCUGCAGGCCGCCCGGGCCAUGACCAUCAUCAGCUGCAUGCUGGCCCUGCUCGGCCUCCUCAUCCUCUUCUGCGGCGCCGACUUCACCACCUGCGUGCAGAACGAGGACGCCAAGCCCAAGAUCAACCUGGUGGCGGGCGUGGGCAUGCUUCUGGCCGGCCUGCUGGUGAUCAUCGCCGUCAGCUGGUCGGCGCACAUCGUGGUGAGGGACUUCAGAAACCCGCUGGUGGCCCAGAAGAUGGAGCUGGGCGCCUGCAUCUUCGUGGGCUGGGGCGCCGGCGUGCUGCUACUGCUGGCCGGCGGCCUGCUCUGCUGCUUCAGCAGGCCCCGGUCCGGAGGCUCGGGCGGAACCGCCAAGUACUACAGCAGCAGCGCCUCCGCCCCCGCCAAGAACUACGUGUAGAGGAGGGAGGGCGGUCGACGGAGAGAGGACUGGUGUUUGACGGGGAGGAAGGGUGGGAAGGGGGCGACUUCACGUUGGGAUGCAGCCGAGGCCACGGCACCAGAGGUCACGACACCAGAGGUCACGACACCAGAGGUCAAGGACAGGAAAGUGUAAAUAUUACGGCUGAUAAGAAGUGGCUCCAGUGUUGAUUCCUAUAUUCACAGUUAAUCUCUGGGAGUUUUUUUGUUUGUUUUAGUUUAGGUGCUGGGAAACAACAUAGUUAGUUUAUCUGUGAUAUUAUCAUUUUUUACCACGUCUCCAUUCUCAAAUAUUACGUGUGUUUAGAUGGGCCUUUUAAUUCCUCUUUAAAUACAAAUAAACCCUAAUUCCGCUCUAAAAUGACCAUGUAAUUGCCUGUUGAAUUCGGGAUUGAGUUUGGAUCCAAAUAGAAUAGGUUUAUUCUCCUUUGGAAGCGAAAUUAUUUAGGCGCGACUUCAUUCUGGUCGUUCUGCGCAUGCUCCGUCAAGAUGACGCAAUAUUCCAAGAUGGCGGCGCGCGUCCCACAGUUCGACUCGUAUCGAAACGAUUUUUUUUACGGCAGCUUUAGAAGAAUUUGAUGUAAUAAAACGAGCAGAUCGACGGGCGCGUAACAAGGCGGACAUUUUCAAAGCGGCCGGGUCAAAGUCAGUCGAUAAAGAAAGACGAGUAAAACACUGUUUACUUCCGGGAGAAGUCGGUACGUCACGGCCGCCCCGUCCAAUCAGAACGCUUCGCAGACGGCGGCGUGAGAGAGGUUUAAUUCUUCGUCUUUCCCAUGUAAACACGACGCUCAUGAAUAUAAUUCUGAAUUACUUACUUUAGAAUCGACUAAUUCCGAAUUAAAAACACCCAUGUAACCAAACUCAUUGAAACCUUAUUGGUUUUAUGGGUGAAGAAACAAAGGUUAAAGGUCAUUUUAAGUAGUAAUCUCACCUGUCUCCAUUUGAUACAUUUUUUUUCUGACUAAUUAUUAUCAAAUGCAAUAAUAAUCUUAUUUCUAUCAAACUUAAUCCUCUUACACUCCUCAGAUUGGCUCUCAGCCACAGAAAUGUUUCUCCUAAAUAUUUCUUGAAAAAUGACAACAAGCAGAACAAAACUAAAAAUAAUGAAUCUGAUUCCCUAAAAAAAAGCGAAUUCACUCAUUUUAAUAUUACUAUUUUACAUCCUAAAAAGAGAUUCUGCAACCACAAAGUCUAUUUUGAGUCCAAAAUGUAGGAAGUUUCGUUUUGCACUUCUGUUUUUGGGAUUUGUUGGCUAAAGGAGGAUCGCUGUAAUUUAACAUCAUUAAUGUUUUUAAACAUAUAAUUUCAGAAAUAUUCUACUUUCUUCUCUGUUGCUCCUUUUUGUUUAGUUUUUCCAUUUUUUGUGUGAUGAUGAAUUGAUGAAUAUAAGUGAUUAAAAUUUGGCCCAUUUCAAAUGUGGAUUUCAUGUGUUGUUUCAUUUAAUGGGAACAAAAAAAACAAUUUAAUAUCAUUACUCUGAAAAUACAGAAGGCUUUAUUUCAAAUUAAAAACAUAUAUUAAAACAGGAAUUAUUUUUUAAAAAAAGGACUCACUCAAACCAAAUAAAGAAAUCCAAGCUGUUUUAAAGCC